AUGAUUGAAAUUGCAGACACACCAGGCAGGAACAUCCAUGCACCUUCCACAGUGAAACGCAGCAUCAUGCGCGCGCUCAGACUCUUCUUUCUGCAAGGAUGGACAUGGUACAGAGGCAAUCUCAUCAAUACAACUGAUCGCUUGGCAGCUUUCUUUCCAGCUUCAGAUAUAGAAUAUGUGCGGACCAAGGUCAAUACACGACGGAGUUGGUGGUUUGAACGUGACCCGCAUUUCCAUCUCAGAAGACGAGAUGGCGUGGUCCACCUACACAAGCCUUCUCGCCCUUUACUGGCACCAGAUAUCUCCAGACCCGCUCUGGCUCGCUUGAAACUGCUGACUUACAACUGUCAGUCCCUCGGCCGGGGAAGCACCCGUUUGCAGGAACUAACUGAAGACAUGCACUCUAUUGGGGUGACUGUAGCGGCUCUGCAAGGUACAAGGUGGAAGUCUGGUGAUACUCGUAGUGAAUGGCCAGUCCGGGGCUUCACUGGCAAGUCACACUACACCUGCUUCAGCUGGGGACGCUCAUCGCAAAAUCGCAUGCUGGGAGUGCAGCUUCUGGUCAGUCAAGAAUUGCUCCAACAUGCGCAUGUGCACACACGCUUUGAUCCCCCACGUGGUUUGGCAGGCCGAUGUGGCGGGCUACGCGUUGUGAGCCGCCAGCAGGGCUCCAACCUGGACGAGUUGUUCAUCACUGCAUAUGCCCCGCAAGCUACAGAUGACCUGCCACAGCGCAAUGCAUUUUUUCUUGCUAUUUUGGAGAUGAUGCAGGCAGUGCCUAGACGCACUAGGAUCUGGCUCUUGGGCGAUUUCAACGGACAUGUGGGCUCUGACCUUCAAAGCGCUGCUGUUGGCCGGCACACUGCUGACAACACAAACAACAACGGCUUUUCUUUAGUGCAUGCUUGUGACGCCAACAGCUUGGUGCUGAGCAACACCUUUUUCGGCGGUGGCAACACUUGGUGGUCACCAGAUGGCCAAACCGCGCACUGUCUUGACUUCAUCGCCAUUCCUGCAGAUUGCAGGUCCAGAGUGAAGAAGUUUCAAGUUAACAACAUUCUGGGACGUCGUUGGCAGAUGUCUCUGUUGCGUGAUCACUGGCCAGUGGAACUGACGGUACAACUGGUGCAGCCAUGGCAGCGGCUACCACUGCCCUUCCAGCCCACUCGCUGGAACAAGCAUGCUCUCCAGACUGCUUUGGAAGACCCUGGUGUUGGCAACGCUUUUCUACAAGAUUUGCAGCAUGCUUGGGCUCCUUUGCGACGGAUUAUUGACCGUGCGGCCCCUGCAGCUCAGUACAUCACUGAACAACAAUGGCUACAGCACAUGGGUGAUGUUUGGGGUGCCUGGCGAUGUUUUCCAGAAGUCGUGCUCUCUGGUGUGCAGCAGCCAACUCCCUUUUUUGAACCACUACUGGAAGGCGAAGAGGGACGUGCACAGUUUUUUGCUGCAGCAAAAAGCCAAAAACGGUUCCGGGCCACACCUCAGGGAGCAAUUCCUGCUGAACUCUGGCAGCUCCUGCUUGACAAACGGGAACUUGCCGGACCUUCUCAAAGCUGGGCCCCAGAGGCAACUAUGGAAGUUUUCGAAGCUUUUCAACGCUUUGGGUACAACCCGCAGCCUUGGUGUGAUGGUCAAGGUUGUCCACUUCCAAAGCCUGGAGGUUUGCCAGGUCCGGCCGGCCAGCGGCUCAUCAACUUGCUUGACCCAGGUGGCAAGUUGUUUUACAAAGCACUGCUUGGCUUGGCUCGAGACGUGCCGGCCGACCAUCAAUAUGGCUACGCUGCAAAACGGUCCCGCCGGGAUGCCAUUCUACAAGUUGAAGCUUGGUUGGACCGUCUGCGGAAGAACAAGCUGUCCACGGCCACAACAUUGUAUGACUUGACCAAAGCCUUUGACACGCUCAACAUGCCCAGCAUAGCGCAGACUAUUCAACAGGGUCCCUAUCCACCGCUGGCAAUGCAUUUGCUGCUGGACUUGCACCACCGCCUUCGCAUCCGUCUUACUCUGCAAGACGGCGCUGACCUGCAGGUUAAGCUUGAGAGUGGUGUUUUGCAGGGUGGUGGCACUGGCCCAAGGCUUUUUCGAGAAGCAUUUGAUGAUUGUGUCUCUACAUGGAUUCAGAACGUGCAGCAGGAGAUCACAGUGCUCUACCAAGGGCAGCGCCACUUUCCUGGCGUUGCUGCCUAUGCUGAUGACUUGAUCAGAAUCUGCAGUGGAAGGAACCUGAUAGAGCUUCAGAACAAAAGCAGAGAGCAAACAGCUAGUUUGCAACAAUUGCUGGCGCCCAAAGGCCUCAAGCUCAACUCCAACAAAGGCGAGACCUUACUUCAGUUCAGCGGCAAAGGCGCCUACAAUGCAGCCAAAGCUGCCUUUUCUGGAGACUGGCGGGGCUACCCGCUCAGACUGACAGUGAAAUAUUUGGGCUCCCACCUUCAAGACAAUGGCGGACUUGAGAUGGAACUUCAGAAACGCAUUGCGUCAGCCAAGGCCAGCUUCGCCAAGUUUGUCACCUUCUUCCGACGGUGCCGGGUCCCUCUCCGCCGCAAAGCUGCAGUUUUUCGCGCGGUGGUGAAUGAAACUCUGCUCUCUGCACUUGAAGUUAGACCUCUGAGCCCUUCAGAUGAACACAAACUGGAACAGGCUCGUGGGUUGCUCCUGCGCCGCCUUUUUGGCCGAGAUGGUUUUGGAGUUGUGAGCGGAGAUCCUGUCCACAGGUCAGUCACAUUGGAAAGCUUGCGCCAACGGGCUGGCAUCAGUACAGUGUCUUCAGAUCUGAAGGUGCGACGCCUGCUUUGGCUUCGCAGUGCAUUGCUUGCAGAACGCCAUGGACAAACACGCCUGGGACUUGCGACCCUGUUUGGAGACUCUCCGGACCUUGGGCCCAGUGUAAACGGUGAGUCAGGUGCUCCUACCACCACCGCUCCGCGCUUUCUGCAUAUCUUGCACCGUGACUUGGCGAGUUUCUGGGCUGAUUUUCCUGGUUUCCGAGGCAAUUGGAAGAUUCUUUUUUUGAAUCUGCCAUGCUCGAGCAUCCGCGCGUUGCGAACACCGGAUGUUCCAGAAGCACCAGAAGAGGCUGCUGACCAGCCUGCUGAAGCUCCUGUGGAUCUUGUACAAGAGAUUCGCUGUGAUCAAUGCGGCGCCGGCCCAUGGAAAAGUGAACGCGCGCUGCGGCCUUCGAAGAGGGGCAGAGGCCCAGAGACGGCCACAGCCUCGGGGGCGCCAGUGCCUCUAGAGCGUCAAGUUCACGAGCUUCGGGCGCAGCUUCAGAAAGUUUGCCAGCUUGUCGGCAGUCACGACCAAUCUCUGAGAGAACUAGACGCCUGGUCUACUCACACGUGGCUGUUGGACAGCGACAGCGAACUGGCCAAGAUUUUGCUGGAGCACAUGGAAAUGUGGAAGAGCAAGCUUCCGCCUCGGGGUCAGCAGCAUCCUCUAGGGCCUGCCCGCCACAUGGUGGCCGGAGCUCUGGCCAAAUGGCUGAUGAGCUCAGAGGAUCGACGCCAAGUCAUGCCCAAGUUCGUGAAGCUGCACGAGCAGAUGAACCAACAUGCUGAUUUGGGCAAAAGUGUCCAGCUUGCUUUCAUCAAGACCACCAGAGAUGGCCGUCUUUUACUCAAACUCCGGCCGCAAUUGUCAGCGCAGAGUGAAUGGGAAGAGGCCAUUGCUUGGUUUGAUUCUUCAAUGCCCCAAGCAGAGAAGAAAGAAAUAGCGCCACCUGGCCCAUUGGUGAGGGCAAUUUCUGGAAAACCAAAGCAAGAGCGUGAUGAGCAGCCGGUUGAAUGA